AGAAGAAGAAGCGUGCUACUACGCAGCAGAUUAGCUUCAGUAGACGUGUUACUUAAACGUUCGCGCGCCACUAAAUAUUGAUUUGCUGAAGUAGGACUGAAUGUUUACACAUCAAGUCUAUUACUACGUAAUCUAUUUUAGUGUCUAUAAAUCUGCGUGACUUGAUAAACUCAUCUCGCCGCACGCUGGAGCUUCUCGAGCAAGCUUAGCUUAGCCUACGAACAAGGACGCUUUUUUUGUUUUUGUUUUGGUGGCAACAAGCGUUGUAGUUGUUGUGUGAAAAUGUGUGCAAGGACGACAGAAGGUUACGUUCAAGAACUUUGUGGAACAAAGGAGCAGCGCGAGCGACAACGUCGACUUGUGGACGCUGUUUUCGAGCAGCCUCGAGCAGAGGUCAAUGAAAAAUAUCAUCUUCCUGAGCAACAGGAGCCAGAGUCUCCUCACAUUAAAGAAGAGGAGGAAGAGCCACUCAGUUUUAAAGCGGAAGAGAAGCCUGAGCCACCUAACGUUAACGAGGAAGAUGAGAUAAAGCCCUCCUAUAUCAAAGACGAACAGGAGGAGGAGGAUAUCACCAAGUUGCCAUUGAAUGGAGCCCCUUUGAAGAGUGAACCUGAUGAAGACAAAGUUCGAAAUGAGGAGAACAGAGCGGCAGAGCCUACAAGCAGCAGCCCAAGUCAAUACGUGACAACAGAAGGUGAUGGAGACCACUGCGGAGGAUCACAAGCAGACGGACUCUUAGCUCCACCAUCAGACAGUGACGACAUAACGUCACAUUCUUCUGACACUGACGACGAUGAACACUCGAAAGGUGACACGACGUGUCACACUGAGAGCACAGACUUGAAAUGCUCGGUGUGUGGGAAAACAUUAUGUUCAAAGAGGGGUUUUAAAAUACACAUGAGAACGCACACUGGAGAGAAACCUUAUGCGUGUUCAGUUUGUGGUAAAACCUUCGCUAUAAAGCAAAGUUUAACAAGUCACACAAGAACACACACAGGAGAUAAGCCAUUUUCCUGUUCAGUUUGUGCAAAAAGCUUCACUUUAAUGUCAAGUUUAAAAACUCACACAAGAGUGCACACAGGAGAGAAACCUUUUCCGUGUUCAGUUUGUGGUCAAAGAUUCUCACUAAAAGGACAUUUCAAAAGACACCUUAGAACACACACCGGAGAGAAGCCUUUUGUCUGCUCGGUUUGUGGUAGAAGUUACAAUCGAGAGGAAAAUUUAAAAUUGCACAUAAGAACACACACAGGAGAGAAACCUUUUGCCUGCUCAUUUUGCGACAAAAGGUUUUUUUACAAGACACAAUUAAACGCCCACACAACAACACACACCGGAGAGAAACAUUUUGCCUGCUCGGUUUGUUGUAAAAGAUUCUCUGUUAAGAGAAGUUUGAUAUGCCACAUAAGAACGCACACUGGGGAGAAACCAUUUUCCUGUUCAGUCUGUGGUAAACGAUUCUCUGUAGAGAAACAAUUAAAAACACACAUAGUAACACAUACUGGUGUAAAACCUUUCACCUGCUCAGUUUGUGAUAAAGGUUUCCUCCGCAAGGACCGAUUAAGCAUCCAUGCAGCAACACACACUGGAGAGUAACCAUUUGCCUUCUCGGUUUGUGAUAAAGUAUUCACACAGAAGGCACUAUUAAGCAUCCACGCAACAAUACGCACUGGAGAUAAACCAUUUGCCUGCUCAGUUUGUGGUUUAAAAAAAAAAAAAAAAAAGUAGAUUUGAAAAGCAAGAUUUACAUUUCCCCACCAGAACACACACUGGAAAUUUCUUGCCUGAUACGUUACUUGCAGUGAUACUUCCGUAUUGGUUAGACACAUAAGAAUGCACUCUGGUAAGAAAUCAUUUGUUGCAGUGUGUCUUAUAAAAUAUUCUCUUGUAAGGAUAAUGUCAUGAAACACAAGGGUGCUAAUGAAAAAAAGCAAACAAUUUUUCACAUAUUUGACACAUUACAUGAAUCGUUAAUAUAGUGAAUGAAUAAUUUGGGGCCCAGCAUUGACCCAUGGGGGACACGACAAGGAAUGCUCAACCAAACAUGAGUAAGAAUCACCCAACUUCACAAACUAUCGUCAGUCAGUCAGAUAACUCCUCAUCCAGUCCAACACCCUUCCCCUAAUACCAUAUCGCUCUCAUUUUAAUAAGACAUUGCGGUUUAUUAUGUCAAAAGCCACACACAUAUAUAUAUAUAUAUAUAUAUAUAUAUAUAUAUAUAUAUAUAUAUAUAUAUAUAUAUAUAGUAAGCGGUUUUUGUUUCAAUGAUUUAGUAAUUUGACACUAUUAAUGCCAGUGAUGUUGAUCUGUUUGAUAUGAAUCCAUACUGACUGUUGUUAAGUAAUUUGUUUAUUUAUGCAACGUAUGUUAAUGGUUUUGAAAUUCCCUCAAUUACCCUCAAGUUAGGGUUAGUUAUUUCAAUAUCAUCAGUCAGUUAAUUUUUGUUUGUUUGUUUUUGAGUUUAAAGACAAAUUCAACAACUUCUCUCUCCUCUGCUGCUGUAAGGAACACAAUUGUAAAAUCUCUAUAAGACCACCACUCCGUUCCUCUGAUGUUCCUGAUAUUUUUAUUAUAUCAGACCCAACCAGUAUUGACAAAGAAUUUAUUGAAACAAUAAACCACCUUGUUCUAAGUAUUGUCUGUACUAAAAUAUUUCAGAUAACCCACCUGUCUUAAACUGUUUUUUUAUUAUUUCUUUAGAAUUUUCCAUGUACCUUUACCAUUAUCUUUAUUCACAGCUAAUACUUUGGAUAGUAUUCUUCCUUAAGUGGUCUUAUAACAGUUAGCUUGUUUUUUAUAUUUUUUACAUUUGUU